CGCUAUUUUAGAAGCAUUUCAAGGUCAUGAUUACCUGGGUUCGGAAUGGAGUCAGACGAUAGCAGCAUCCUAAGGUUUCGUUCUGUUUCUAAGUGUGAUGUGGCAAAGUUGCAGUCACUUUAUGAGGAAUGCUUUCCAGUCAGGUAUACUUUGCAUAAAUAAUCUGUGUAAAGCUAUCCGGCCUCGUGGUUUCAAGAUCUCCUGAAUAAUUCAUCUCUCAUAUCUAUUGUGGCCGUUUCAGGAAGCGACUUAGUUGGAAUCUUGGUAGGAACAGUAACGACCUUAGGAAACUGUAGUGCCGAUGUUGGUUUUUAAUUUUCACUUCUAUUAUGUUUUUCAGGACCAUAAAUUACUUGCUUCUAGCUUUCCACUCUCGACAGGUGUUGCAUAUAUUCUCAGUUUAGGUGUCACAUCAUCAUUCAGGUCUAAGGGUGUUGCAUCUAUUUUAUUGAAAUCAUUUAUUGGUUAUGUGUCUGGUGAAAAUAUGGAUUGGUUAAAUAAUUCUAGUCAUCAAGUUGAUUUAACUUGUUCCAAUCUAUUCAAUCAAACAAACAAUGUGAAUACAAAUUAUCAUCAUAAUCAUGAAGAGUACGAUUAUUUUGAUAAAAAUGUAUCAAUGACGCAUAGUAAUACAUAUCCGUCUAUGAUAUGGCGCCUGAAAGAUUAUAAAUCUUUGUAUAAUCUAAUUACACAAUUACCACGUGUUUCUCCGGUACAAGCUAUUUACUUGCAUGUACUGCACAGUAAUCUACAUGCUAGACGUUUCUAUGAAAAUCGUGGUUUUAUUUGUUUACACACACGUCCCGGUUGUUAUACAAUCAAUGGUCGAUCUGCUGAUGGUUGUACAUAUGUUCUGCAUACAAAUGGUGGAUAUUUAGACUGUAAACCAUUAAAUUACAAUUUAAAUACAAUAUAUGAAUAUUUCAAUGAUUAUUCAUUAAUAAAUUGUUAUGCCAGAUGGAUAAUUCGUUUUUUCUCUCAAUCAGGACAUAAUAUUUUGUAUAUAUUGAGUAGAUUUUUACAUUAUCUCUGUGAUACUCCGACAACAUUUGUACAUCAUCAUCAUUAUAAUCAGCAACAACAACAAACACAAGCACAACCACAGGAAUACAUUAGUCAUUUCGCUGAAAGUUCCAUUUCAGACACCACACUGUCAUCAUCAGCAUCAUUGUCAUCCACAUCAACUUCAUCGUCAUUAUCAUGUGUUUCUUCUGAUUCAACUAUUCUAGACAGUGACAUGUCUUCCAUUCAUUCAACAUAAUACAUGCAUUGAUCUAAAUCAUACUACAUGUAAAAAUGUAAAGUUUCCAGUUUAUCAGAGUGUGUAGAAGUGGUUGUUUGAAAAACAUUUUCUGAUUUCAUUUAUCUUUAUUUUCUUAAUUUGUUAUUAUUGUUUUCUUGCCAACACAUAUAUCAUGUUUUAAGCAACUUCUCUUUUCCUUGUUUAUUGUUUUAGUGUUAUAUUGUGUGUUUUUUUGUGUACCUACCUUACUAGUUUUACUUACUUACUUUACUUACUCCUGUUACCCUCUAGUGGAUCAUAGUUCAGCGACUAGUGAAUUGUUUUGUUUUGUUUUGUUUUAUUUCGGUUAGCAUUCUUUUUUUCUACCUAGUUGGAUUUCUACAGGAUUGCGGUCGACAAAAUCCUCUCAUGCGCCUACAUGCCCUCCUGCUUUAUUCAAACGCGCCUCAAGUGGAGGAGUUCUUUACUAGUGAUA